AUGAGUGCCGAAAUUUGGACGGUCCUCCCGCUUCCGCCGACAGAUCCUGCCAGUCUACAGACUGCCACCACGGAGCAGUCUAGCAGCGUGCUGUGCAUCCUUCACUUGUCCCGAGCCCGGGCGGCACAGAGAGCCGCCGCGGCCUCCGAAGACUUUUGCAAGCGGCUGAGGCUUGGCAACUGCGCCCUCGAGGCUCUCUUGUCCUUACCUCCGGCGGGCCAAGCCUAUGUGCUCAAGACCUUCUGCGCCCCGCGGAACGAUCCGGCCGGCGCAUUGUGCCGGCAGGUCGAGGUCUUGCGCCGCCUUGGGAAUCAGGCGCCCUACUCUACGGCGCUGGAGCAGGCAACCAUCCGAGUGCCCACCAGCGGCGCGAUCCUCGGGCGCUGCGUUCCGGAGGUGACCGCCCUGUGCUGGCACGACACGGAUCCUGUGGCGGCGGCACACUGCCGCAUCUCUUGCAUCAAUGGCCAGUUCUCUGUGUGCGACCUCGGGGCAGAGGAGGAGGGGACACUUUUCGACGGCCGGCGCCUGGGCGCGGCCUGGUGCCCACUGAAGGACGGGACGAACCUCGACCUGGGUCCCAUCCGCAUCCGCGUGGAGCUGAAGCCGGUCCAAGCGGCUCCGAGCCAGGCCCAGAAGCCGAGCGCCCCGGCCAAGCGGGGCGCCUGGCGAUCUGCAAAGCGCAAGGGUGCGGACGCACCGGCGGAGCCUGAGCCUGCGCAGCCCAAGCGCCCCAAGGCGGACCUCAAGAAGAUCACGGCUCCACUUCUUCGAGAGCCUUCGCCUGAGCCACAACCUGCCGGUCUUAGAUCCACGGCACAGCUGCAGACUCCCUUCGCUAUGCCUGGGGACCCGGUGCCGUCACCACCGAGCCCUCCACGCCUCCGCAGUGGG